AUGUCAUCAUUAUCAAGAGGCUGUGCACCCUUUCUAUUGCCCGCGAAGAGGUGUAUUAGGUCGCGUGCAACUGGGCCAAGUUUACUUCCAGGUCGCUUGUUCUCUAGCAUUGCCCGGCCUACCCAAGGGAACUCAACUAUCCUCUCCUGGAAAUCGAGAACAAAAAUAGACAACUGCUUUAAGAGUGCAAUACUAUCCAAUGGUUCCCAGACUCGAUCUUUUAAGAGAGCAAAUUAUGUUGAGAGAAUUGGCGACAAUGAGCGGUCAGAGGAAAUACUGGAGGCUCUGGAUGUCAAUGACGAGCAGAGGGACACAGAGCCACAGCGAAAUAUCAUAGAUGAGGGCAAAAAGAAUGCCAAAUGGGCUGAGGAUAUGACAAAAGGAAUCGAACCAAUUGCAAUCCUAGUACACCCUCAACAACCACUCUCCUACCUAGAACGCCUUAUCCAAUCCGAACUUCCCCCAAUAGAAGGCGAGAAAGAAAAGCUCCGACCCCCCGCUAUAUCAUUCAUUGCCCUCCAACACGAAGACAACGCCAUCAGGCCAAGAAAGCGUAUUGGAGACGACGAUGAAGGAGACGCAAUUCGCCAAAACGCCGUCGAAACAGAAUACCAAGCUGGGAAACCUCAACAGCGCCGUCGAUCACGUGAAGAAGACGCCGAGAUCUACAGCUACCCCCGAAAAACAGAUACCAGUCUUGAUCCAUUGAACGGGGAGCCAGAGCGAUUCGUGCGCUGGUCACAAUCGACGGAGGUGGGCGAUUUCAUUCGGGAUGCGGCGAGAACACAAGAAUUCAUUGUGACUAUUGAAGGCGCGCCGAGUGGACUGGGACAGAUCCGCGUGACGGUGCCGUCAUUCAAUGAGCGCACGUAUUUCUUGCGGAUGCGGUUGAGGAAGCUAUCGAGGCGUAUUCAAGGAAUCGCGGAAAUCAAGCAUACUUGUGAUGAACUAGCACAUCGCGGGGCACAGCGAGUUGCGAUUGGAGGAUUCGGAAUUUUAUCUGUUUGGUGGUAUAGUGUUUACAAGCUGACAUUUGAGACGGAUCUGGGUUGGGAUACCAUGGAGCCAGUGACGUAUUUGGUCAGUUUGUCAACCUUGAUGGGGGGUUACCUGUGGUUUUUGUAUCAUAAUCGAGAGAUCUCGUAUAAGUCCGCGUUGGACUUUACAGUCAGUGCUCGACAAAAGAAGCUGUAUCAGCAGCAUAACUUGGACUUGCAGCUCUGGGAGUCCCUUAUUGAUGAAGGGAAGACUCUAAGGAGCGAAAUCAAGAGUAUUGCAGCGGAGUACGACGCUGACUGGAAUGAGCGGGCUGACGAACAAGAUGAGAGAGUUACCGAGGCAUUACGUUCUGAUCGAGGGGAAAACAAUGAAAAGAAGGGCAGUGACGAGAGGAAGAAGGAUGAUUGA